GUCUUUUUGUAAAAUGUCAGAGGUGACAGUUGGCAGCAUUGCUUGCCAAUUGGCCGCUCUCUUUCUUUUACUUCCUUUUCUUACCGAGCAAGCAGCAAAAUGUCGAAGAGAGGACGUGGUGGUACCGCGGGUGGAAAAUUCCGCAUCUCACUUGGUCUGCCAGUGGGCGCCGUGAUGAAUUGCGCUGAUAACACAGGUGCAAAGAAUCUGUUUGUAAUUGCUGUACAUGGCAUUCGCGGUCGUUUGAAUCGUCUGCCAGCUGCUGGUGUAGGUGAUAUGUUUGUAGCCACAGUGAAGAAGGGUAAACCUGAGCUAAGAAAGAAGGUUAUGCCAGCUGUAGUUAUCCGGCAACGUAAACCAUUCAGAAGGAGGGAUGGUGUUUUCAUAUAUUUUGAAGAUAAUGCGGGGGUUAUAGUGAAUAAUAAAGGUGAAAUGAAAGGUUCUGCUAUCACUGGACCUGUUGCGAAAGAAUGUGCUGACUUGUGGCCCCGUAUUGCAUCUAAUGCCAGUUCAAUCGCAUAAUGUUUUAAAUAAAUGAUAUGAUACCAACUAAAA